AUGCCAACAAUAAUGCGUCCAGUGAUUGGAGUUAAUACUUAUAGUCAGGUAGCUCGUCAAUUGGAGCAACAUGAGUUACCAGCACCUUCAGUAGCUGCAGCAGCAGCUGCUGCUACUUUGGCGUUUUCUCCGAUGAUCGGAUUCCCGCCACCACCUCCACCACCACCUCCACUAUUAAUUCCUCCACAAGUUGCUCGACAAGAUGACUUUAGAUUAUUUUGCGGUGACUUGGGCAACGAUGUAACUGACGAAAUGUUGGUCAGAGUCUUCAGUAAAUAUCCAAGCUUUCAACGCGCGAAGGUCAUCAGAGACAAGCGGACAAAUAAGACAAAAGGAUUUGGAUUUAUUUCAUUCAAAGAUCCUUAUGACUGCGGCAAGGCGCUGAAGGAGAUGGGAGUCCUUGGGGGAUUAAUUGAUAAACGUUGA